GUAAAGUCAUCUCGAGGACACAAAAAGAUUUACAAAGGAAGACUCGCAAAAUCGAAGGAAGUUCCUUUCCAGGUUUACGUGCGUGUAUUUCUAGCAGACGGCUCCAAAGAGUACUGUGGAGGAGCUAUAAUUGGUUCACGUCACAUUAUCUCGGCAGCCCACUGCGUUCAAAUGCCGGCAGUGGAGAAAGUGUGUUCAAUUGUGGGCCAUGAGAAUCGAUUCCACAAGCAAACGCUCAAGUACACUGUUGUACGUCAACAUUUUUAUCCCAAGAAACGAGCAGAAAAUGUGGAUGCCGAUAUCGUUGUAUUUCUGGUUGAUCGUCCAUUGCCAAUAGGGAAGGCAAACAUCCAACAGAUACGGCUUGUGGGGAAAAACCAGAUCAUUCCAACACAUACAACAUGUUCAAUUUCUGGCUGGGGAAGAACUGAAAACCCGAUGGACGAUCAAGAUCUCAUGCGGUAUACGAAAGUACCCAUAGUGUCACACGAACACUGUCGGAAGGCGUACCCGAAUUCAUCAACCGUUGAUAUGCUGUGUGCGGGAUUCUAUGAGGAAGGUGGAGCAGAUGCUUGCAAGGGUGACUCAGGAGGACCACUCGUGUGCGACGGCGUUCUCACAGGUCUCGUGAAGAGCGGAAAAGGGUGUGGCCUGCCCCAUUACCCAGGCACUUACACCGAUGUUCGAUACUACUGGAGUUGGAUCAAGAAAGUCAUGACCGAAGACCUACGAAAGGAAGCGCCAACCAAAAGUGGAACUCGAGUGAAACACGUCAAUAUAUGCUAGAACUAAAUUUCGCUCUGAGCUCAGUUAAAAUUACUGAUACGCGCUUCAAGGGAUGGCAAGGGUGUCAGUACUUUGACACAACAGUUGUUUGAAAAAGGAAGAAAAAGUGAAUAAGAUAAAAAGUUAAAUCGGCAGUAAAACUUUACACUAUGGCUCAAACAAGGUUCAGGAGUGAGUCUGAUACCAAAAUCUUCAGAAAUAAUAUCGGCAGGCGGACAAUCUGUGCAGUGAAAUUAAUGAAUUCUCUGGGAUUUGAUUAUAAUUAUUUACAAUAAAUUUUAUUUAACACUUCUCAAUUAAAAACUGCUAGUUUUGAUACAUUGUUGUGCAUCAAAAUUAAUUUCCAAAGUCUGUAGAUAUUUAGGAAAAAACACGUCACUUCUACACAUGUAGUCUCCUUGUAA